AUGUCUCUGCCUUUUAAAACAAAGGCCGAGGAACGUGCCAAGCUCUUCUUGGCCAUCAAGGAUGGCAAGGAUGCGGGAGAACCUGCGCCGAAGAGGGCUUGCAUUGUAUACGAGAAGUUUGAGGCUCCAGCAGAUGGGCUUCCUGUUUGCGAGGACUGGCUCACGACCUUUGAAAGCAUGCUCCUGGGAGGGGUGGACCUUGCUCGUGAGCAACUGGACGGGACUAUGGCUUGUUCAAUAGAUUCGUGGGAAUGCGGGCCUCACAGCGUGGAUUUGGUCAAGGGCUGGACAAGGGCCUCUGCGGUGUUGGUCAUUUUGAUUGCUGCAAGCGAGUUGGACCUCACAGAUCCAGCUGCAAUUGAGAAGUUGAGACCCUUGUUCCCUGUUUUGGACAAGUGCUGGACAGUGCCGGUCCACUUUACGUUCAACAUGGACGAGGCCCUCAGAUCCUUCCGCAACAUCCAGCUAUCAUUUCGCGGCUCGGAGCGGCAAGCUCCGAACAGCUUGCAGCUGUCUUUGAGGUUUGCCCGUGUCAUGGAAGUUCGGGCUGAGGAGGAACGCCACUUGCCGGACUGGACUACGGACCAGCGUCUGUCUGAGGUUGUCGCUGAGUUCAACGCCACCCCGGGGUUGGGUGCAAAACAUAGAAUUGAGGACGACCGAUACAAAGCGAUCUUCAACCUGGUGAGUGGGACCUGUGAAGCACCUCAAAAUGACAUGAAAAAAUGUUUUAAAUUUGUUUCUGAAUGCUUGUCCGGGUUGUCGUCGCAUGGCUAUUGUCUGGACCUUUUGGCAUACCAGGAAUCCCGAGCGGUUAUUCGCAACCAUCUCGACCGACACAAGUGGCAGCAAUCAGCUUUUAACACCGACCAGUUUAAAAGUCUUCGAUGGCUGGUCGGGGCAUGCCCGAAAUCAGGACAGUGCCCUGCCGAGUUGCGCCGGUGCCUCACUGUGACGGAGCGCUCGCAAACGCUGCAUUUCCAGUUGGUGGUCAAAACCUUUGGCGACGCUACUCGGUGCUUGCGUCCAUCGGCCCGCGCAAGAGCGCGCCUGUCGCCGGAGAAGUUUGAAGGCUUGGCGGACUUCGCAUGCGUGUACGCCGCCAUUUGGGAUGAGGCUCGCACCAUGACCAGCUGGAAUCCUGAGAAAGAUGCAGCAAUGGAAAAGGCCUUCUUCCAGAAGGACUACUUCGCAGAUGUGACGGCAAGAUUGAGCACUUGGAAGCCUCAACACCUUUCCAUUUGGUGCGACCUUGUUGAAGCGCCAGCCAGUCCUGCCAAGCUUUCCACACCAGCGGACCUGGCAGACAUCGAAGAACAAGCCCAUGCUGCGCGCUUCAGAGAGAUCAGAGCCAAGCUUUCACAGGAUGUCCUCACGAUGUCCCAGCUCAAUGCCAAAGAGGCGGAGCUGAAGCGCCGCAAGCAUGUGAUCUCGGUGAUGCACGAAAAGGCGCAGCUGGAUAUCGGAAAAGAGCUGUGUGAGACUUACAUGGAAAAGCGGUCUCGCAUUGCAAUGGCAACCCGGAAAGAUGGCCCUGAAGCUUGCCUAGACGCGAUCAUCCGCCAGGCAGCUUCAGACCACCAGGUGGAUCCGCGUGACGUCGACGUCAUCCUGUUCUUUGAUUGCACCAAGCUUGGCGUGUUGACUCAAUCGGAGAUCAACAUGGCUGGGGACUUUACCGAAAAGGUUUUGGGGAAGAAUCCAACAAGGAGUGUCCUGGUUCUGAUCCCUCCUCCCCUGGUGGGAAGCGAGAGCGGUGGGAGUUUGAGGCAAGACAUCAGGACCGAGUAG